UUAGAAGUUAAAAUUUCGAAAGUAACUAGUCUUUCUUCUUUUUACUAGCUCCUCCUUUGUUUGUAUUCUCAUGGACUCCUCAACAUCUCUAGUCUUGACACGUGCUUCAGAAUCUGCAAGCAAGAUUGGAUCAUCCAUUCCUGACAAAAUGGACCGACCGUUGGAUCUUGAAUCAGGCACAACCCAUGAGUUGAGCAAACCGGUUCCUGGGAUGUGGCGGUUUCCUACAAAUCCAGAUCUUUGUUGUAUCUACAGAGUCCCAGGCUGUCUACGUGAAGUAAACCCAAAAGCAUACACUCCUCAGUUGGUCCUAAUCGGACCACUUCACCAUUCUUUAAAAUCUCAAGCUCUUAAGUCUCGUGGAGAUAUCACCAAGGCAAAGUCAUUGGGAUACUUAAACACUGAGGCGCAUAAGAAGAUUUACCUAGCGGAGUUCACAAAAAGGGUUGAAGGGAGCAAAAUUAUUGAAGAACUCAAAAGAAAAAUCAAGGAAGACGAAGACAUGAUCAGGGCAAGCUACUCAGAAUCAACGGCCUGGAUUGACUCUCCAGACUUUGUGGAGAUGAUCCUGCAUGACUCUAUUUUCAUAAUAGAGCUCAUGUUAAGGUUUUUCGUUGGAGGGUUAGAGAGAAUAGGAGAUCCUCUGAUGGACGAGCCUUGUCUUGAAAACACAAUCAAGAGAGAUCUCAUCUUGCUCGAGAACCAACUUCCUUACUUCAUCCUCGAAAAACUCUUUGAUCCAAUCAUCAAGAUGUUGUACCCGAGCGAGACAAUGCGUACACUUGUUAUCAACUAUUUCCAACUUGACAAGAAAAAGAAGCUCAACGAGAACUCGAAGUUCAGACAUUUCACUGAUCUGUUCAGGUGUAUUCGUGUGGAAACACUUCCUGAUGAUGGUUUAAUAAGGAAGUACGGAGAAUUAACAAAGAUGCAUAAUGCAGAUAAGCUAUACAGCCGGGGGGUGGAGUUCGAGGCUGUAGAAGAAGAGUUUUCAGUCUGGGUGACAUUCGAAGUUAAAUCUGGUUGUUUGAAGAUACCUUGUUUCUCGGCUGAUGACGACAUGGAGAUAGAGCUUAGAAACAUAAUGGCGUUUGAGCAGUCGUAUUAUCCUUACCAUGCCUACGUUUCUGACUAUGUCACCUUCUUGGAUUUCCUGAUCAACACCGAGAAAGAUGUAGACUUGCUUGUCGAGAAAGGGAUCAUAAAGAAUUGGCUUGGGCACCAUGGUGCAGUCUCUACGUUGGUGAACAAUCUAUGUUUGGGAGUCAUGGACGAUGGUUCUUCUUAUGCUGAUAUCGCAUCAAAAGUCAUCGCUCACUACGAUAACAAAUGCAACAAGGCACGCUCCAUCCUCAGACGCGUGUAUUUCAACAAUCUGUGGAGAGGAACAGCCACCGUAACUGCUGCGUGUAUAUUGAUACUGACUCUUAUCCAAACCGUGACUUCGAUCAUUGAUGUCAUUCAGAAGUGAACUUAAUCACGAAAACACACUUUGUUGAGUUCACCCCCAGUUUUAUGUCACCCUUUUUCAUAAGAUUUAGCUAGUAUCAACUAGCAACAUCUGUUUUAUCUUCUCAAAAUAACUAUUGCCAUUGCC